AAUUUAGUCUGUAUCACUCUCGCUCUCUCUCUCUCUCUCUCUCCUCUAUAACGCACUCUAACCAAGUCCACCUUUUCUUCCUCACUUUUCCAAAUUCCCGAUUCCGAUUCCGAUCGCCGCCUCCUCCGUCGCCAACGUACUCCAUCUCCUCCACCUCUCCGACUCAAACGAAGAACUGCCGCUCUAUUCCUCCCGCCGAUGAUUCACACUUCCUCCUGUAACGAUCGUUCACGCUUCUCUGAAGGGAAUAUGUGGUACCGAGUGGUGAUAAUAUUCAGUGUGGAGCGGAGAUAAGUACGAGAGAAUGGGAGGCUGCUGCUGUUGUUCUUCCAAGGCAACCGAGCUGCAGGCUGCGCCUACGUACUACUAUGUUUAUCCAAGGACAUCUGAAGAGCAUGUGCCCCUGUCAUCACGCCAAGGUACCUCUGCGCCCUCCACUGGCCUCCUUGUUGAUACGAACCUGGAUACAUCAAUACCUGACACUUAUAGACCACCUCCUGCCCCUAUUCCAUAUGAUGUGUCAGCAGGGCGUCCUCAGACUCCACCACUGGCCCAAGGAAUUUCUGGCAAUAAAAGUGAUGCAACGUUGCAGACAACAACUUCUGAUUCUGUUCAAGAAGCAGCUGGUGACAAUCCUCAAGAAACUGCAUCCAAGUGUGAAGACAUGAAGGGUGCAGACAACAAAGGGGACACCGAGUUAGAACUUGAUUUAAUUAAGAAGGCAGAUGUUGAACUUUCAAAGCCAGUGGAAUCUGUUGCUUUAGUUACUGAGGAGGAGGAUGUUUGCCCCACCUGUUUGGAAGAGUAUGACAAAGAGAAUCCAAAAAUUACCACGAAAUGCGAUCACCAUUUUCACCUUGCAUGCAUUCUUGAAUGGAUGGAAAGAAGUGACACAUGUCCCGUGUGUGAUAAGGAAAUGAUAUUUGAUACUCCAAUUGAUUAGUGAAUCAGCAAUACAAAUCAAGUUCUUUCCUUUUUGAAGUAUGGUUUGAGAAACGGAGGUUGCAAAUGCAUGAGGUUUUUUUUUUCUUCCUUUUUAUGGGAUCACUCUUCACUUGUUCGGUGACACUGUGACAGUCAUUGAUCGGCUGUUUAGAGUUUUUUUUUCUUCUUCGGAGUCAUGCUCAUUUAGAUCCAGUAACUUCUGCAUUUGUUUCUUUUCAACCCAAUGAUAAUGAAAAGGAAGAAGGGGAUUAGAUCAUAGAGCCUCAAAUUAUGAGUAAUAUAAUAGUUUUAUAGCUAUUGCAGUCAGUGGGAUAGUAGUAAUCAGAUUCAUUAGUUACCAAACAAAAAAAGAGGUGAACUAUAGUUCGCUCGCUCCGAAUAUAGGACUUUUACUCUGGUCUGGUCAGUGGACCUUGCUUUCUGUUUGAACUGGUUAAGAAAACAAUAGAAAUUUACUUUUGAUGCUGUUGGUGUGGUUGGUCAGUGUAAUGGAAGAUGGAAGGUUCAGGUGAAAGGGGCAUCUUUGUUUUUUAGUUCAAUUAUGUAUAUAGAUAUUUCAUAAUUAUUUUGAUUGGGUGAAUUCUACUCGUAGAUUCACGUUAUACAUCUCCUAGCUACUGUUGAUCUGUUAUGAGAAUUUGCUUAAACGCACAUGGUAGCUCUUCAAAAAUUGCACACUGUUAUGA